AUGUUUAGUAUUAUUAUUACUCUAUUAUUCAGUGUUAUUCAUAUUACAACAGGUGAUUAUCGUGAUACAAGACAAUGUCAGUUGAUAACAUAUCACGAAUGUAAAAAUAUUGGCUAUAAUAUGUCAUCUUUACCAAAUAAAUUUAAUCAUCAAGAUCAAAAAGAUGUAGCCAUGGUGAUCAAUCAAUAUACGGCCUUGUUGGGUAUUGGAUGUUCAUCAGAUCUGAGAUUCUUUUUAUGUUCUAUAUAUUUACCACUAUGUAUUUCAAGUUAUUCUGAGACUAUACCACCAUGUCGUGAAGUUUGUGAGCGAGUAAAAAAGCCAUGUGAGCCAUAUAUACAUUACAUGAAUAAACCUUGGCCAGAUCAACUUGAUUGUGAACAGUUUCCAUGGAGCAGAGAUAAUGCCAUUUGUAUGGAUCCACGCAAGAAUGAUCAAACAAGUAAUCCAUUUUCAAAUCCAUCUCCAUCGCCAUCUUUGGUGGCUGCUGUUGAUCAAUCAUCAUUAGUUCAGAAAAAACAAUCGCCAUCACUAUCAAAUAUAUUUAGUGAUAAAACAUCGUCAUCUUCUCAACGACAGGAUAAUCGAAAAUGCUGUACAUGUAACGAAACAUUGGGUUAUCGUCUGCUGGAUAAAUCUGAUUUAUAUUACGAUGUUCAAAAUAGUAUUGUUUCACAUUGUUCAUCGCCAUGUCGUUCACCUUACUUUCAAGAUGAAAAAUCUCAAUUAAUUAUUCAACUAUGGCUCACAUUUUGGGCUGGACUUUGUUGUAUCAGUUGUAUAUUUGUAUUAGGCACAUUUUGUAUGAAUACAUCGAGGUUCAGAUAUCCUCAACGUCCCAUUGUAUUUUUAGCAUUAUGCUAUUUUUUUGUUAGUUGUGGUUAUAUAAUUCGUUUAAUACUCGGUCAUGAAAACGUUGGCUGUCAUCUAUCAUCUUCCUACCAUGCCUCAUCUACAUUACCUUUACGCCUUCUAAUACCCACAACACCCAUUUAUUUACAAUUAACUCAAGUGUCUGGUCCGUCAAAUUGUACACUUGUUUUUGUUCUUAUUUAUUAUUUUUCAAUGUCAUCAUGCAUAUGGUGGAUUAUUCUUACAUUGACAUGGUUUCUUGCCGCUUGUUUUAAAUGGGGUGAAGAAGCUGUUGCUAAUUAUUCUAUUUAUUAUCAUUUAAUUGCAUGGAUGGUACCGUGUAUUCAAACAAUUGCUAUUUUAAUGGUAAAAGGUAUUGAUGGUGAUCCUGUUGCUGGUAUAUGUUAUGUGGGUAUAACAAAUUCAUAUUAUUUGAAAAUAUUUGUAUUGGUGCCACUAAUUUUUUAUUUGUCAAUCGGUUCAAUAUUUUUAUUAGCUGGCCUAAUAUCAUUGAUACGUAUUCGAAAUGUUAUGAAAAUACAAGAUAAAACAAAAAUAUACAAAUUGGAGAAAUUAAUGUGUAGAAUAGGCAUAUUCUCGGUAUUAUACAUUCUACCAGCUAUUAUUGUGAUUGCAUGUUAUUUUUACGAAUUAUAUAACCGUUCGACAUGGGAAGAAACUCUCCUGUGUUCAUCAUUAGACUGUAAUAGUGACGAUAGCUCAUCAUCUUCACAAACAUUUUGGUCUCAGCCAAGUUUUUCUCUCUAUAUGGCUAAAUACUUUUUUAUACUUGUUGUUGGUACAACCACUGGUCUAUGGAUUAAUUUAAAUGGAAAAACAAUGCAUACUUGGAAACAUUUUUUUUGUCGAUGUUAUUUUCAUCAUUCAAAUCAAAUGAGUUAUUAUCAUAAACACACAAAAAUAAACGGUUCAAAAUAUUCAUUGCCAUCUAGUAAACAAAUACCAAUAACUCAUGUGUGA